AUGAAGAAAUCACAGCCAAGACAAGCAUCCAGCACUCUUGUUUUCCUCACUGUAAUCUGUCUUGUAGGAUUCAUUCAUGUUGAGGUUGAACUUCACGUUCAUCGAAAAAUGCUUCAAGAAUUAAAUCAACUAAAGGAAGAAAACCUCGAGCUACGAAACAAGGGAAGUGACGAAGAUAUGUCUUCCUUGGAACAUACCUCAGAUAAAGGUAAAUGAAAAUCGAUGUGUAGCAAAAAUUGCCAUUGAAAAUUAUAAAUGUGGGAUGAUUCCCGUCAAAAAGAAUCGUUUAAGAUCUUAAUGGGAGACAAAAACGUUUCAUUGAAGCUUUAAUAAAUCAGCUACUGUCAGAAAAUGUACCCGCAUCCGUAUUAGCUUCAUCCUUCAACUCAUCCUUUCUUGCUGAAACCUGACAUCGCUUAGCUUCCGCAUAAUUUAAUGCCGUGAGCCUCACGACUUCCUUAAGAGAUAAACAAAAGAUGGUGAUAUUUCAAAAGGAAAUAUCCACUUGUGCUAGGAAUAAGCUUCAUUAAGUAAACAUAACGUUUCACCCAAAUUGACUUCCUCGUUGCAUGAGGUGCACAUCUCACCAUAUAAAACACGAUAUCUAUCUAAAUAAAUAGCAACACGUAAACCUAACAGAUAUAGAGGGAAGCAUAGAAGAAAGGGAAAAAAAAAACGGUCAGAUAAUGUGCCAAUUACUAUAUCGGGAAAAUCUAGUCUAAGCUGGUUUGAUAUGGUAACGCCAUUUAAUAUUAUAUCUGAAUCAGUAAAACCUCCUAUUCCAAAGGGAAUAUUAUCUAUGGUUAGGGUUGUUGGUUAGAUCUACAAGGUCAUCACCGGUUGUGGCUUUCCAUUCAAUAUUUGGGCAUUUUCGUUUCGUCUCGUCCAAUCCAACCCUAAUCUUACCCCCAGAGACCAAAAAGACAUUGAGGGGAGUUCAGCAAGUUUCACUUCGCUGAUUUACAUCUGAACCAACCUGAAUUUGUCCUAAAAUUAUGUUAGUGGCGAUUUAACACAAAAAAUAACAGUGUGUACUAUUUCCGUCCGCUCUUAUUCACAGAUCUAGAGUUUCACGUACGUCACAAGCGUCGGGUGCAAACUCUCAAAAAAAAAAGAAAUGUUAGCGACAGCAUCGAUCGCGAUGUCAUCCAAAGGGAAGUGCGACUCGCUUUGAGCGACAUAACCUGUAAUGUACAUUGCCCCAAAAGCACUAGGGGAAAACGAGGAAGACCGGGCCUCAGAGGCCCUCCAGGAAAUCACGGACCACCCGGACCACAGGGUAUUAAGGGCCCUAGGGGAAACCAAGGCCCCCCGGGUACCCAGGGACCUCCAGGACCUAUAGGACCCCCCGGAGUCAAGGGAAACCCUGGCAAAUCCAUCUCAACUCCUUCGAUCGUGGUACUUCCAAAGUCUCAGGUGGUAAACGCAAGUGGAACAGCCUCGUUUCAAUGCCUAGCUGCUGGAAAUCCAGAGCCAGAGGUGACAUGGUUAAAGCAGAACUCAACUCUUCCCUCGGAUAAGCGUAUUGUGGCAUCACGUGGAAGUCUGGUGAUCACGAGUGUUACGUCAGGGGAUGACGGAAUAUACACUUGUGUUGCGAAAAACAUCUUGGGAAUGAUGAAUGCUACAGCUGCGUUGUCUAUUCAAGGUUGCUAGCAUUUCACUUUUUGUCUUUUAGCAUAGUUAUUUAGUUAAGUUUGAUAAGUUCUUAAUUACUCAUACGAUAAGGCAGAAUAGCGAUAUUACAGUAUAGUCAAGCCUCACUUGCAUGCGUGACACGGGGUGGGGCACGACAGGCUGGGAAUGGGAGCUGAUGUCCCAAAGUCUUCGUAUCUUCAUUAAUGACAUUGUAUUUUCUACAAUAGACUUAAGUUUUAGUUAAUUUCUGUUCUCUUUUUAUUUUCAGUUGGUGCUAACAUUAUUCGGAAACCUUCGUCUGUACUUGUUGAAGAAAACCAAAACGUGACCCUGGUCUGCCAAGCCAGCGGUCAGCCGACUCCAACGGUCACAUGGCAGAAAGCCUUUAGCCCACUACCAAGGAAAAAGACGACAGCGGUCAAUGGAACCUUGACUAUUUCUAAUAUAGAAAAAGCGGACGGGGGAGCUUAUGCAUGCGUAGCAACGAAUCUACUCGGAGAUGACUCAGCUGUCGCCCAAGUGACAGUUCUUGACACACUCAAAUUUAAAAUAACUCCUCCACAAAAAGUGACUGUAUCAGCUUCCAGCAAAGUAGUUUUACACUGUGCAGCACAAGGUGCACUAAAUAUAUUUUGGAAAAAGUCGGGUCAAGCACUUCCUCAAAAUCAUGUUCUUUAUCCAAAUGGAACUUUGCUGCUCACAAAAGUUUCUCCAAAUGAGGCUGGGAGUUACUCAUGUGUAGCCAAAAAUUUUAAGCGGUUUAUCGAGGCAACAUCAGUCGUCGAAGUUUUUAAGCUCGAGCCCAAGUCCUGCAGCAGAAUAAAAGCAGAGAAGCCUGGUGCCCCGUCAGAUAAUUAUACUAUUGACCCUGAUGGCAAAGGAGGCGUGACACACUUCAGUGUGUAUUGUGACAUGAGUGACAAGGGUGGAGUUGGCGUGACUGUCAUCAGUCACGACAGUGAGAGUAGAACUCACGUCGGUAAUACCAAUGGAUGUGAAAAUAAAGGAUGUUACAGGAAAGAUGUACGUUAUACUGGAGUCAGUACCGCUCAGCUGGCAGCGCUCACUCAAGUCUCAAAGAACUGUGAACAGUUUAUCAAGUACGAAUGUAAAAAUGACGCAGGAUCGGUUUCGGACGGUGAUAAUUGGUUGGUGUCACGUGAUGGAACACAGAUGUACUACUGGGGCGGAGCAAGUGGACGUUAUAAAACGUGCGCAUGCGGAGUAACAAAUUCUUGUUCUAGUGGUAAAAAGUGCAACUGCAAUAGUUAUUAUUCUUUGGGGCUGGUUGGAGAGAGGAUAGUGGUCUUUUGUCAGACAAGUCUGUCUUGCCCAUCUCACAAAUAA